AUGAAUAUCACAAAAGCUUAUGUGAUUUUUUUCCUUGUAGUGAUAUUGACAAACUCAUUGUCCAACUCUGACGCUUUGGCUUCAUCGGUGAUUGAGACAACAAAAAAUGAUGUAUGCUCUACACCAUGUACAAUAAGGUACGGAACAUUUGAAUGCUUUCAGGACUGUAUCCUCGACCAUUUCAGAGAUGGAAAUUGUAUUAAUGGAAGAUGUUGUUGCAAAUACUGA